AUGAUGAAAAUGGUUCUUGUUUUGUUUUUCUUUGUCUCUACACUUACCCUUUCAGUUUCUGAGUCCUAUGAUGUUUCUUUGCAACCUCGUGCUUUAGAUUCCUUUGAUGUUGGUUAUAUCCAGAUGAAAGGUGCUCAAAACUGUUCUUAUUUGGUGAUGAUUACAACAAGCUGUUCUUCUCCCAAGUUUAAUAGCGAUGAGAUAAGUAUUGCUUUUGGAGAUGCUAAUGGAAACCAGGUAUAUGCAGCAAAUCUAGACGAUUCACUAUCAAGAACAUUUGAGCAAUGUGCAUCAGAUUCAUUUCAAAUAGAUGGUCCAUGUGCAUCACCAAUUUGUUCAGUGUAUCUCUAUAGAUCAGGUUCAUCAGAUAACUAUGGUUGGAAACCAGAAACUGUGAAAAUCUAUGGAUACAAUUCAGAUCCUGUUACAUUUACUUUUAACACCUCCAUUCCUAAAGAUACAUGGUAUGGAUAUAACCUGUGUGACACUGCUCCUCCUUCAUCUUCUUCCAUUCAAAUGUCUAUUCAGAAAUGGGGUUUGUUUGUAAUGGUUUUAGGUUCUGUUUUUAGUGUUUGGAUGUAA